AUGGAUAUGGCCUGGCUGCCAUAUUACGGCAUUGGAAAGGCUGUCCAAAGUGGUAUCCAAAACACCUGGUCGCUUUCGAAAAAACCAAGCAAGGAAAAGGAAAAUUGACAAGAGAUUUGCAGCAUGCACAAACGGUUUAUCUAUUUAUCGUGUACGAUUUCGAGGCGUUGCUGGGCGCGAACAAACACCUGCAGGCGACGAAAGACCUGCGGUUCUAAAACGAGCACGUGCUUGUCUCUGUUUCUUUGGCAGACACUCUGAACAGAGAGCCAGAACACAUAUCCAGCAACGACCCGAAAGAGCUUGUCCGGAAAUUUCUGGGCGGGGUUCGUGCGAAGGUGUGUCGCCAUCCGAGAAGACAUGCAGCGGUACAUCCUGGAGGAUCUCGAUUUCCUGCCGGAGAAUCAGCAAAAGCUGAUCAACCAAUGAUCAAGAAUCUGAUCAAGAAGUAUUUUGUGACCCACAUCGCAAAACUCGGUGAUGUGAAAGUGGCCAACAAAACAAGGUCAUGUUCAUGAUCACACCGAUGUUCAAGUUUUUGGACAUUUGUAAUUACAUAAGCCCGGGGACCGCUUAUGAGAAAUGGGUGAAAACGUACGGAGCCAAGCUCUCCAAAUCGUGGCUUCCGUAUGAGUGGUUUGACUGUGCCGACAAGGCUUGCCGUCGUAUCGUUGUUGGUUCUCAAAACUAAAAAACAAGUUUGUAUUGUCACCUGAGGGUAUGAGGAAUGCCAGUGCGUGUUUCUGGAGCAGAGAAUGAGAACAUUUGCCGAUUGGUUGGGGUAUUAAAACAGCCCGGAUGUUGUGCCCUUUGUGAAAGCCCUAGAGUCCAUGCGAGGGUUUUACACCGGGCUGGGAAUCGACCUUUUUAAAGAUGCGGUGUCGCUGCCGCGCGUCUCGAUGGAAUAUCUCCUGCAAGGCACACUGAACCAAAAGAUACGCCCCGGAGUUGUACGCCCUAGGCAAGGAGGCCUACGAAAUGAUGAAACGGGUGGUUGCCUGGGGGCCGAGCCUAGUCUUUUGUCGAAAGCACGAAGCGGGCAAAACGAGAAUCCGUUCGCACAAAUUCUAAGAUGCGAAGAUGUGUAGAAAAGUUCUGGGCUACGACGCCGACGUGCUGUACCCAAGGACAAUAGGGACCUUAAGAUCCGACGACGGCGACGGCAACGGGAACGCCACAAAAGCAAAAGGUUUAAUUAGCAAAACAAUGAUUUUGCACGUGCAUCAGGCUUUUUUGUGCAUUUCUUUGCCGUCACUGCACGACUACGAAAUGAAAAUGCCAAAUUUCACGAUGUUCAGAGGAAGUACACAAGCGACGACGAAAUUUCCUCUCUCUUUCUGAACUUGGAUAUGGUUUUUAGGAAUUCAACUUUAGGAGGGUUCGCCUACAUUUGACAAAGGUAGUGACUUGGAGUAACCGCGAUGAAAAUUGAAAGAUCGUGAAUUCAUUUUUUAGCGACGUUUUCUCUGCCGUAGCCGUCCUCGGAUUUUAAGGUCCCUAAUGUUGGGCGACAUGCCUUGCGGCAAGGAGGUUGUUCUGCAUUGGCCGCAAACGGCAGAAGACGUAGAAAUUUUCAUCGACGCUCUGCAGCAAGCCAAAUGGUUUUGCUUCGCAACGGUGGACGUUGAGGUGCCCAGAGAGUUAUGGGAGAAAUUUGAAGAAAUGCGACCGUUGUUUUACAACGAACCCGUGCUGCAGCACAUGAAAGAGUACUUGGCCCGCAGCAAGAGCAAGCCCAUGCACAACAAAAAAAGCUGGUUGGCGCACUUUCAGCGCAAAAGAUCGUGUUAUACGCCCCGCAGCUAAAAUUGUAUCUUAACCAUGGUUUGAAAAUCACAGCAGUGCACCGACCCAUUGCCUAUGUACCUCAAAAGGCUGUCAAGUGGUUCGUGAAGAAAGUCACGGAAAACAGGCGCAAGGGUGACCAAAAAUUCCAGCUGGCGCUGUUGGCGGAGGUGUUCAAGUUGUUAGGCAACAGCGCAUAUGGCAAGCUGAUCGAGGCCUUGGAAAGGCAGAUGUCAGUGAAGUACACAAAGAGCGUUAGCGUCUUCAGAAAGGAGCCGUGAUCGGUGUGGUUUCAAGAUUUUGAGGAGACUGGUGACGUGUACGAAAUCGAGACGCGUAAACGCGGAAUGGUCAUCGACAGGCCCUUCCAGGUGGGGAAAGCAGUCCACCAGAUGGCCAAGCUGCGGAUUCUACAGUUGUACUACGACUGUCUGGAGGUGUUUCUUGAUAGGAGAGAUUUUGA